CCAAAGCUGUCCUGGCCCCGGAGCCCUGGAGCCUGCUGGCGGGGGCUGUGCCCUGCUGGCGGUGGAGGCCCCCCGAGGAAGAGCUCCAGGCAGGGAGCCCAGCAACAGCAGCGCCAGGGCCUCGGGGGCCCCCAGUCCGGGUCCUGGAGCCCCGGCUAGGGCCUGACAUGCAAAAGCGGCCUUUACUUUUUCAUAUUUGCUGAACGUCUGCAGGGAGGAGGGAGGCGGCUCUUUAUCUCAAGAGACCAGAAGAAAAUUCCUGGCCAUUCAGAAUGGUUUCCCAGGGCUCCUCGCCCUCCCUGCUGGAGGCCCUGAGCAGCGACUUCCUAGCCUGUAAAAUCUGCCUGGAGCAGCUGCGGGUGCCCAAAACGUUGCCCUGCCUGCAUACCUACUGCCAGGACUGCCUGGCCCAGUUGGCCGAGGGCAGCCACCUCCGAUGCCCUGAGUGCCGCGAGACUGUGCCUGUGCCGCCCACGGGCGUGGCUGCCUUCAAGACCAACUUCUUUGUCAACGGGCUCCUGGAUUUGGUGAAGGCCCGAGCCGGUGGAGACCUGCGCGCAGGGAAGCCGGCCUGUGCACUGUGCCCGCUGAUGGGGGGCGCCAGCGCCGGGGGGCCAGCCACAGCCCGGUGCCUGGACUGCGCCGACGACUUGUGCCAGGCCUGUGCCGAUGGGCACCGCUGCACUCGGCAGACCCACAGCCACCGAGUGGUGGACCUGGUGGGCUACAGGGCAGGGUGGUACGACGAGGAGGCCCGGGAGCGCCAGGCGGCCCAGUGUCCCCAGCACCCGGGGGAGUCCCUGCGCUUCCUUUGCCAGCCCUGCUCCCAGCUGCUGUGCCGGGAGUGUCGCCUGGACCCCCACCUGGACCACCCCUGCCUGCCCCUGGCCGAGGCUGUGCGUGCCCGGAGGCCAGGCCUCGAGGGGCUACUGGCAGGCGUGGACAGCAACCUGGCCGAGCUGGAGGCCACCCAGCUGGCGGAAGAGGAAGCCUUGGCCUGUCUGCGGGAGCAGGCAGCCAAGGUGGGCACGCAGGUGGAAGAGGCAGCCGAGGGGGUCCUCCGGGCCCUCCUGGCCCAGAAGCAGGAGGUGCUGGGGCAGCUACGGGCCCACGUGGAGGCUGCCGAGGAGGCUGCACGGGAGAGGCUGGGGGAGCUGGAGAGCCGGGCACAGGUGGCCAGGGAGGCGGCCGCCUUUGCCCGUCGCGUGCUCAGCCUGGGGCGGGAGGCCGAGAUACUCUCGCUGGAGGGGGCGAUUGCCCAAAGGCUUCAGCAGCUGCAGUGUUGUCCCUGGAUGCCUGGGCCAGCCCCCUGCCUGCUGCCCCAGCUGGAGCUCCAUCCUGGACUCCUGGACAAGAACCGCCAGCUGCUAAGGCUCUCCUUUCAGGAGCAGCAGCCCCAGAAGGACAGCGGGAAAGACGGAGCCAGAAGCCAGGGAGGCGCUGCAACCCCGCCCCAGAGCAGGGACGGAGCCCAGACCCCAAAGCAGGACAGCGCGCAGCCGCCCCAGGAAGAUGGAGCCCAGACCCUAAAGGCGGAGAGAGCCGAGACGCCCCAAGAAGAUGGAGCCCAGACCCCAAAAGAGGGCAGAGCCCAGACACCCCAGGAAGAUGGAGGAGCCCAGUCCCCAAGGGGCGGCCGAUCCAACAAGAAGAGGAAGUUCAAAGGCAGGCUCAAGUCCGUUUCCCGGGAGCCCAGCCCGGCACCUGGGCCGAACCUGGAGGGCUCUGGCCUCCUCCCCAGGCCCAUCUUUUUCUGCAGCUUCCCCACACGGAUGCCGGGGGACAAGCGGUCUCCGCGGAUCACCGGGCUGUGUCCCUUUGGCUCCCGGGAGAUCCUGGUGGCAGAUGAGCAGAACAGGGCCCUGAAGCGCUUCUCCCUCAAUGGCGACUACAAGGGCGCGGUGCCCAUCCCCGAGGGCUGCUCCCCGUGCAGCGUGGCCACCCUGCAGGACGCCGUGGCCUUCUCGGCUGGCGCUCGGCUCUAUCUCAUCCGCCCCAAUGGCGAGGUGCAGUGGCGCCGGGCGCUGAGCCUCUGCCAGGCCAGCCACGCCGUGGCCGCCAUGCCGAGCGGGGACCGGGUGGCCGUCAGCGUGUCAGGCCAUGUGGAGGUGUACAACAUGGAAGGCAGCCUGGCCACCCGGUUUAUCCCUGGGGGCAAGGCCAGCCGGGGCCUGCGGGCACUAGUGUUCCUGACCACCAGCCCCCAGGGCAACUUCGUGGGGUCGGAUUGGCAGCAGGGUAGCUUGGUGGUCUGUGACGGGCUGGGCCAGGUGAUUGGGGAGUACCGGGGGCCGGGCCUGCACGGCUGCCAGCCAGGCUCUGUGUCCGUGGAUAAGAAGGGCUACAUCUUUCUGACCCUUCGGGAGGUCAACAAGGUGGUGAUCCUCGAUCCGAAGGGGUCGCUGCUCGGUGACUUCCUGACGGCAUAUCACGGCCUGGAAAAGCCCCGGGUGACCACCAUGGUGGAUGGCAGGUACCUGGUUGUGUCCCUCAGUAAUGGGACCAUCCACGUCUUUCGGGUCCGCCCUCCUGACAGUUAAAGGGCUGGGACUGGAGAUACACUUCGGGGUGGGGGGACUGGGGGGGUAGAGAGAAGGGAAGCAGGGCGGCCCAAGGGAUGUGGUGGCUGAGGGCAUUUUCCCAGAGAGCAGGGGUUGGCAACUUUUCAAGGUGAAGUGCGAAACCGCUCUUCAGGUGCGCAGGAAUAGGGACCAAGGCGGGUGGCAUGGCCAUAACCCUCAGAAGCAGAGGAGGAAGGGUUGGAGGGGUGCUGGGCAUUAAUGCUUCUUGCUUUUGCUGGGGGUGACUGCCACUGCCGCCGCCGUAAAGUCUAGGUUUCCAAGAUGUGUAAGCUAGUCCUGAUUUGAGUUCUUCUUUUAAAACCAUUCCUGAUGGGGUAGCCCAGGGAGAGUCUUGGGGAAGUGGGUAGAAAUAGUCCUUUAAGCCCAGGGCUUGAAGGGUAUGUCAGGUAUGUACUUUCUGGAAGAGAGCUGAGAACUCCCUCCCCUCUGACUUGAACGGGACGCACCAAGUCAGAAGAGGUCUGGGAUUUUGAACCUGGCCAUAAAUGGCAUCUUCCACCAGCCUCGGCUGGGAAGUUGAGGCUCCUCUGAUAAUGGCGUCCCCCAGUGAAGUGCGGGCUGGACUUCAUGGGGGACCAAGUAUAGACACAAGCCGAGGCCAACAGGCGUUUUGCCUUUAAGUCCGUGAAGAGAAUGUGCUACUAGAAAAUGGAACCCGGCAGGGUUGGAGUCUAAAACACAGGGUUCUGAGUGUGAGACAAGGGGAGACCCUGGGUCUUACCCCUCGACUUCCACCACCCCUCACCUCCAAGCCAACCUGAGGCCAGACCUAUGUAGGAUUUAAAACCUUUUCUUUUUUGAUGUCUUUACACUUCCUGGAGUUUAUUUUUAGCCCCCUCUUAGUUUUCUGGCACAAUUCCUUUUGAGAAAUUUUGGCUGAACUAAGGGGUUGAAGGCAUUUGUCCAUAUUGCCGUUAUGGGUGGGGAAAAAACCUAAGCCUAGAGGCCAGGUGUGGGACUCAGGGGCCAAACCGGUUGGAAGACCUGGGAAGUCGGUAGUGGGGCUGGGAUGGGUGGAGGGGUGAAAAUCUCAUGGAGGGAUCCCAUCAGAAGUGAGCCAUGACCACCGGCCUUUUGCAUAGGCUGUGGCAGCGGUGGAACUGAGGUGGACAUGUUUAGCCAGGGGCUGUUGAGAGGUGACCAAAGGGAAUAAUAUGUAAGGAUCAUGGGCAAUGAGUGUUCAUGGGAACCAGAGAGAUUUUGGACAAGUCCAGAUGGAAAAUGCAGGACAUUAGUGUAGGGAAAAGAAAAUCUUUUUCCAGGGAGGUUGUUGAUUGUUUAAUGAAGUGAAAGGGGAAAUCAUCAAUGUCAGGUGGACAAAUUCAAUUAUAUAAAAUUUUGAAAUGUAUGCACAGGAAAGAAGAACGAAGAUUAAAGGAAAAUCAAUGAGAUGAGGAAAUUACGGAUCAUUGAUCUAAGGAGUCUCCAGUAUAUGGAGUGACUAAACAGAUCUACUUGGUCAAAUGACCAAAUAAGCCGUAUACCCAAGAGGAAGGCACACAGGUCAGGACACAUAAAAUGAAACAUAAAAUAAAAUCGACCACUUGCAUUCGUCAAAAGUACAUUUUAAAAAAUAUGUCGUGGGGAAAUAGACCCCUGGCACUAUAAAUGAUGCUUCCUGGUGAACAGUUUGGCAAUUCUUGACAAAAGUCAAAGAAGUGAUUAUAAGACGAAGUUAUCUCACUUUGGGGAGUACAUUCUGGGAAAAGGAUACAAAAGGAAAAAACAUAUCUGCACACAGGUAUUUGUGGCCACCCUAUCUAUUACAGCCUUUGGCAGGAAACAGCUCAGCUUAGCUCGCCAAUUCUGGCUAGAUCAGAAUCUAGCCAAGUAGACUGUGUUCUACCAGGACAGUGAGCUGCUGCCUUCAUGGAUGACAAUUAUGAGAACUGUUUAGGAGAAUAUGAUGUUAUAUGAUGCAAUCGUAAGCCAAAAAAAAAAAAAAGAUUUUGGCUUUCUGUUCACGUAAUGAUAGCAACAAGAUAAAAGCAUGUCUGAAUAGUUACCGAGUGGAAAUAGGUUCAAAAUGUGUAAAUAGUCAGUGAUUGGGGAGAUUGGGUUUUUAUUUCAUGCUGUUAUUCAUAUAUGCACAUUUCGACUUCAGUUAUUACUGUCCGUUAAAUAACAUAUAUGCUUGACUACUUCAGAAAAAUACACUCAAGAAUAACUACUGGAUUUGUGAAUGAAUGUGUCAGAAUAAGUGAGACUGUUCUGCCAGGGGUAGGGGUGGGGGGCUAGGCAGGAGUCAGGAGGAGAAUCCCAGCCAGUCAGGACCCAGCAGGGAGGAAGGUUCGUCAGAGCAGGAUCCUGUCUGGUGACUGACCAAGGAAUCUGCCCUGGGAAGUUUGCAGAGGUCAGGUGGUCCCCGUGGGUGAUCAGUCAUUGUGGAGUGUCCAGAGACAGGGGAAGGUCUUACUGAGUUCACCAGCUAAUUCAGACCAACUGGAAACCAAGUGGCGGUUCUGCGGAACCAGCUGGUUUAAGAUGAGUUGCACGGGGGUGCUGUGUCUGUCUUCUUUGCAGCUCUCUCUACAGAGUCAGCACAGUGAUGGCUCCUAGUAGGUGCUCUGUAAACGCCUGUGGAGUGAAUUGAUGUCUAGAAAAUGCCAGGUUGUCCAAAACUUUGGCUUGUGGGAAAUCUCCAGUAGGGGGCACUGUGGGCACAGCCUACCAUAAGCCUCCAGGAGACUGGCUCAGCUCUAAGUCACAAAAGAGGUGAAAUUCGCGUGUCCUUCUUAUAUGUCCUGGGGUGGGGGUGGGGGGUCCUGGCCUCUAGGGGAUAAAUACCUUCAGGUUGGAACAACAGGUUUGCAGAGCCGCAUGGGAACCAUGUGCAGAGGGCCCGGCUGGUGGAAUGGCUGCAGUCAAGUGGCUCACCCCUGAGGCAGGAAUAGAGAACUUCCGGAGGGAAAUAUCACCUGGAUUCAGGAAGAGAAUCCCACAGAUGCUCUAAAGAUGAAGGAGGCACAGGGCUUUCCAUGACGCUGUAAGAAGCCUGGGGAGUCGGGCACUGGACGAUUGACAGACUUACUGAAUUUUCCUCGUGAAGGGGUAGGGGUGGGAAGGCACAGAACAUGGCAAAAUGUGAAACGGAUGAGAAGUAUAGCAUUGAGCAUAAUUUGGAGGUAAAAUCCUCAGUGCCCCAACUGUCACCUGGGAAUCCUAAAUCCUGGCACAGAAAGCACUGCUCAGUGCGGAGAGAGAGUUCUUGGCUCAACUACAGAUGUUAAGUAAUAGGAACAUUGUGAAAGAUCCGACAUCCGCACUCUGCAUUGGACUAUGACAACGACCGCUCAUUCCUUGUGCUGUUUGGAACUUUCCAGAUCGUGUAGGAAAGGAGAAUGCUGUUCGGGUAGAGAGAAAGGGAGUAGAGAACCUUGUUCAUAUUCUCUGUGCUUAAAAAAGGAAGGUGAGGGCUUCCCUGGUGGCGCAGUGGUUGAGAGUCCGCCUGCCGAUGCAGGGGACACGGGUUCGAGCCCCGGUCUGGGAGGAUCCCACAUGCCGCGGA